GUUGUGCUUGCUUGGCUGCCGCGCUGGUGCAGGAAAGUGGCCAGCCAGAAGGCUGCUCGGAAGAUCACUUCACGUUGACAUGCCGCUUUCUUGUGGCGAGCGGCUUCGACACCGGCAGCCUAAGUCGAAUGGAGGCCUCUGAGAAGCCGGGAACGCUUGCAGCGCUGGGCGCACUGGCGUGCAACGUGGGAGAGCUCGAUUUCGUCCGGCCAGCCCUCUCUGAGCAGAUCG